CAGCUGCCCCGCUGUUUCACAUCCGCUGCUUCUGAACUCUCCUCGGGCCUUUCCAGCUAUCGGACAUGGCAGGACCUGUGCCAAGCAGGGCCAGAGUGUACACUGAUGUAAACACACACAAACCCCGAGAGUACUGGGACUAUGAAUCUCACGUCGUGGAAUGGGGGAACCAAGAUGACUACCAGUUAGUGCGAAAAUUAGGCCGAGGGAAAUACAGUGAAGUAUUUGAAGCCAUUAACAUCACAAACAAUGAAAAAGUAGUUGUUAAAAUACUAAAGCCCGUAAAGAAGAAGAAAAUAAAGCGUGAAAUUAAGAUCUUGGAGAACCUGCGUGGAGGCCCAAAUAUUAUCACACUCAUAGAUAUUGUCAAAGAUCCUGUGUCACGGACACCUGCAUUGGUCUUUGAACAUGUAAACAACACAGAUUUCAAGCAGCUUUACCAGACCUUAACAGAUUAUGAUAUACGAUUCUACAUGUAUGAGAUUUUGAAGGCUCUGGAUUAUUGCCACAGUAUGGGGAUUAUGCACAGAGAUGUUAAACCACACAACGUUAUGAUUGAUCAUGAGCACAGAAAGUUGCGGCUGAUAGACUGGGGUCUGGCAGAGUUCUAUCAUCCAGGGCAGGAAUACAACGUUCGAGUGGCCUCCAGGUACUUCAAGGGACCCGAACUACUUGUAGAUUAUCAGAUGUAUGACUACAGUCUAGACAUGUGGAGUUUAGGAUGCAUGUUGGCCAGCAUGAUUUUCAGAAAAGAGCCCUUCUUCCAUGGGCACGAUAACUACGAUCAGUUGGUCAGAAUAGCUAAAGUGCUUGGCACCGAGGACCUGUACGAUUACAUUGACAAGUACAACAUUGAACUGGAUCCUCGGUUUAAUGACAUCCUGGGCAGACAUUCCCGUAAAAGGUGGGAGCGCUUCGUACACAGCGAGAAUCAGCACCUGGUCAGCUCGGAAGCGCUGGAUUUCUUGGAUAAGUUGCUGCGAUACGAUCACCAAACGCGUCUAACAGCACGAGAAGCUAUGGAGCAUCCUUAUUUUUACCCAAUUGUGAAAGACCAGUCCCGAAUGGGCUCCUGUACGAGCAUGCCGACCGGCAGCACUCCAGUUAGCUCGGCCAGUAUGAUGUCAGGGAUAUCUGCAAUGCCAACCUCGUCACCAUUGGGACCCCUGGCUGGCUCACCAGUUAUCUCCGCCACUAACACCCUCGGGACGCCCGUUCCAGCCACCGCUGGGGCACAGCCUUGAUGUUGCUUCCUGACUUCUUGUAAACCACACCCCCCCCCACCUUGGCAACAGCCUGCUCCCCUUCUAAU